CAGCCCCUCUUUUACUGCUCUCCCUCGGUUGCAGCUCAUCAGUCCUGCGCUGCAGUCUCCAGCAGCUCCAAUCUCGCUUUUACGCAGCAGACGCUGAACAGACAUGGGCAGAUCCAAACUUUAACAGCUCGUCUUUCUCUUUCUCUGCAACUCUCUUCCUCCUAUCUCUUCCUCCUCUUCGCCUCCCCCUCUCGCCUUCCUCCCGCUGAGCUCAGAAUGAAAAGCACUAUUGGCAGCGGACGCAUGGAGAUCUAAUUUUGCUCCAAUUUUCGGUCAGGUCCGUGGAGGUUGUUGUUGGCUGUUGUUGUUUUGCUGUUCCCUUGGUUUUAUGGUCUGCUCAUGCGACGGGAAUGCGAUGGCCACUCCGAGCGCACAGCAGCAGCACCAGGAUUAUUUCAGAUCGGUGAGCAGCGAGUCCACCACCUACAUGAUGGUCCCGGCCGGCGGGCCGAGCGGGACGAGGCGCCGGGAAGCGCCGUCCAAGAUGUGGAUGGUGGUGGCGAUGGUGGUGAUAGUGGUGGUGGUGCUGCAGAUUGCCUCCACCACGGGGCUCUUUCUCUACCUGAACAUGUCCAUAUCGCAGGUGCGUAGCCAGGGUGUCACAGAGGAGCUGAAGUGUCUGAGUUUACUGAACGCUCUGGAUAAGGACCAGGACAUCCCCGACCAGCUAGCCCAGCUCUUCGGAGAGCCGUGCAUCAAACUGGCCGAAGGCAUCAAAGCAUACAUCUCCAAGGUGACAGAUAACAUCAUAUCAAAGCAAACCUUCAUAGAGGCGAGAACGAUGCCUCGCGCUUUCAACAACUCGGGGUCGAAGUUCAUGACCUCGGUGACCCAGAGGCCAUCUGCCCACUUGACCCUCAGAGACACCAGCUCUCAAGGGUUCCCUCCCUACCCGAUCCCCACUGCGGGCCUCCACCAGUCUUGUCGCCAUGUGGUCCGCUCAUGGGCCAAUCAGAGCUUCGGAGCUCACCUGCACAACAUGACCCUGACCAAUGGGAAGCUGCGAGUGCCUCAGGAUGGGCGGUACUACCUGUACUCACAGGUGUAUUUCCGUUAUCCGUCCCCAGCCGCCGGUGACGGAGACCAGCGCAGCGUCAGCCACCAGCUGGUUCAGUGCGUCUACAAGAAAACCUCCUACCCAAGCCCCAUACAGCUCCUGAAGGGGGUGGGAACAAAGUGCUGGGCCCCGGACGCCGAGUACGCCCUCCACUCCGUCUACCAGGGAGGGCUGUUCGAGCUGAGGGCCGGUGACGAGCUCUUUGUCUCAGUCUCUUCUCCAACCAUGGUCAACGCGGAUGAUUCUUCCAGCUACUUCGGCGCCUUCCGCCUGGACCUCUGAGGGGAAGCGAUGGGAGGAAAUAAAAAAAAAGAGGAACAGAUAGGAUGAUGGAUGGAUACAUGGGUGGGCUUGGAGACUUUUGAGUAUCCGUUGAUUGGAAAAAAGGGUCGUUAAGACAGAGCGGGGGGAUGUUGGCCUUGGAUACUGGAUCCUCAAUGUUUGCUUGGAUGGAUACAUUGAAGGAGCGAAGGACUGGGGUUUGAAGGCUUCGCUUGAGUUAACGCUGCAAGAGGAAGGGGUGAAAGGGAAAAGAAAAAGAGUGGAUUUGUCUUCCUUACUCUCCAUUAAGCGAAACCUAACCGUCAAGAGCAAGAUAUACAAUAGAUACAUGUGCAAUCACACGAAAAUAAAUGUGAGGAUAUCCCGGGGAAGGAAAUUGCCUUUUGGAUGUCAAAAAAAGAAGUAAACCAGAGAAAAACAUUACAGAAACUUUGAGGUAUUCCUGUUAGAUGAGAAUCGCCCAAUAAAUUAGGCUAAAUAUACGCUGCCCGUAUCCCAAAUUUACACAUGAAUCUCAGCGUGUCUCGCCAGCAACAGCCUUUUUUGUGUGGGAAGCAAUCAGACCCUCUGAUUUGGAUACCAGACCGAAGAAUGUACACACAAUAAAAAAACUCAAAUCCUCUGCAUCGAAGAUGUGAGGAAGGACGGUGAAAUGGUAGCGGAAUAAAAUGAUCAAACCAAAGCAAAAAAAAAUAAAAAAUGUUGAAUAUAACUUUUUUUUAAAGCGUGCCAUGAGAGUUCUGUACAUAUGAAUGGUUGAGAAUGAGAUUUAGACAAUGAACUGUGGUGAUUUUAAAAGUAAUUCAUAUGUAUUUUACCUUGACUGGACUUUAAACCACUUGGAUUUUUUUUGCUAAAGACUAUCGACUAUCUAACACUAGAACUGUGGAUUUUAUGCAAGGAUUGCUUCUUUGUACUGGAUACAGCAAUAAGACUGUGAGAAGCAACACAAAAAGAGUGCCUUUUGAACAAAGGAGUCUGUAAGGAAAGAGGAAUGGAAACUAGGAGGAGGGAGAAAUCUCGUAAAUGCCAAUAAGAACGAGCCCAGCAGAAGAAGAUAAAAGGAAAGAGAGAGAAAGAGGGUGAGGGUGGUAUGCAGCCCGACCAGUCUGUUGUUGUUGAACUCUUUCGUCUCUCUCCUUCACUUUCCGUCACGAUCUGUCUCCUUCUUGUCCUUCUUCUUCAUGUAAAGAAUUUGAUUUAUCUCAUCUUUCUUGUCUACCCUGUGGAGCUGCAUUCAGUUUUUAGUUUAAGGGUCAGUUGCAACAACCAACCGGAAAACAACAACAAACACAGUACGGGAACAAGACGACGGACACAUGUGCAACUUAUUUCCAGAUCAACAGACAACGGUCUAGGUUACAUAAAACGACAAAGCGAUGUUCAACACUGAAAUAUACUCACUUAAAUGUUGUUUAAACACUUUGUUUUCACUUUUGCACCAAAUGUAGCGACACAUCUUUUUGUCCUGCAAAAACCAGUUGCUCUGGAGUUUCAUCACUAACCAAAAAAAUGAAAGUUGGCACCGUUGGCAAAAAUACCAAAAUAACAUCUGGAUAAUUAAAGAGAAGGAGCUGAAAUUGGAGCCGACUCACUUUACUUUAGCUCAGAAACUUAGAUUAAGUAGUUAAUUAUGACUUUGACACCACUCUUGGACACGUUUGUGCUAAGCUAAGCUAACUCUCUCUUGGUUGUAGCUUCAUAUUUAACGGACAGUUAUGAGAGUGGUAUCAAACUACUCCCAAAAUGUGGAACUAUUCCUUUAAUAUGCAACCACCAGCAACUUAAUCAGAUGUGUUUUAACAUUAUAGAAAAUAGCUGACGAGAUAAAGGUUAGUUUGUAACAAUAAAACUAAAUUAACUUGGUGUGUGAGCGCUGAAACCGCCGUGGUGCUGUUGAGCAAGAGAUGAAUAUCCUCCAAUAUGGCUGCCAGUGAACAAGAAACACUCACAAAAACACACAUGCACAACAUUUGCGCAAUCCUGAUACUGUAUGUCAGCUGUAAACACACCCAUACGAUGAACGAAUGUGUCUUUAACACAACAGUUCAUCAGGCGAACACAGUAAAGGUGAGUUUUAGGAACACAGAGAACAGAUUUAGUAACAAGACACAGACGCGCAUAAAGAAAGAUUUGGAAGGAGGGGAUAUUUGCAGACAUAAACCAUGCGCCGACUAGCACAGACUCAACCCCUACACGCUUUUUCUUUUUCUUUCCCCCUCUGGCACGCACAUGUAUGCACAUAAAGGAGACACACACACACUCCUUAACACCGCAUCCAGGCCAGUCGGUGCUCCACAGACACACACAUCAUCCAGUGUCACAUCCAGUGUAAAGACACAAACGCACUCCGACACGCACUCAUUUAUCCACACUGUCUAGCCUCCCUGUGCCAUCUGGUAGUUGUCAGUGAUCAGUCGGAGGCUUGUAGGGAGUGUGUGUGUGUGCUUUACGGGACGUGUUUGUUCAAAGGGCUCGGUUCACAUGGACGACUCCUAAAAAACGAGGUCAAGCAAACGUACACACACACAGAUUUCUUUGCUUGUGUACGCAACCUUCAAUUUGUUUUCCCGAAGAGAGAAAAAAGGCUGACACACGUUUAAUGAGGUGACAUCCAGGUUAAUCAACAGGAUUACACAGAAAGAAGCUCACAUUAUGGCCUAUAAGCUCAUCUUUCUGGCACUGUGGGCUCACGUAUACCUGUGAAUAUGCUCUACUAUAGACUAUAUACAUCCUGUUUGUUUUUCUGGGCAAAGCACAAAAUUGGAGAGAAAUCUUCAUUUUGUGUUUGAUUGCUGUUUUAGUAGCUUUUUUUUUGCAGGGUGGCACUCGGUCACGUUUCUGCUCAGCUCUCUCCCAGUCCAUCAUAUCACACAUGCCAAACUCUCCCUCUCCCUCUCCCUCUCCCUCUCCCUCUCCGUGAACGUGAGCCUAAGUCGGUUUAUUAUCCAGGGUAAAACUUUCUUUCUUGCACUCCAAACAAAACAAACAGUUAGCUGAAACAGGUCCAGCGGUGAUGAUAAUGUAACAUACACACUCGUAUUAUAAUAGCAUAAAUCCCUGGGCCAGCUGGGGAAACUUUUUUGCAUUGAAUCUGUGUGCUGGCGUGUUUGUACUGGACAGUUUUGUAGCUGUGAACAUGUGUAGCACAUUGUUGCUGAGAAAAUAAACAAAUAUUUGAACUUUUCUCUGUGUACGUGGAGAUUUACAGUGUGGUGAUGUAGUGAGUAAAAGAGAACAUCCUCUAAAAAGGUGGGGUAAAUGUGAUUAUAAUCCAAUCAAAUUCAGCUCAUUUCUACUCACGCUCUGUUAGCUUUACGCUUUAAAAUCUGGUGUUUGUACGCAGCUGUAUAAAAAGUUCCCUAAACAGGAAAUAAUCUGCUCAAAAUGCAUCCAAAUCUCUCGUUUUACACAAUCUUCUUGCAGAGUUCACUGUUUGGGUUAAUAUAAUAUGAAAAUAUCCAUAAAUUAUCUCACUUAAUCAUCUUAUUAAAUGAUAGAAAAAGGUUGGGAACCACAGUUCUAGACAUAUGAUCUCCAUUUCCAAGUCACUGCUCACCAGGAUGCAUUCACUCUGCUGGAGACAGCGAAAGCAUCCACAGUUUCUGGUCCGACCCCUGACCUUUGAGCUCCCAGUGUUUACCAGUGGGCGGAAGAGACGAAGGAAUACCUCCGGGGAUCCAUAAAGUACCGCACUAACUGGCGGUAGUUCUGUUGGGAUUCGAUCCAAAGAUUAUUUUGUUUUCGGCAAACACAACUCAUUAUCUCCCGCUGGUUAAUUAAUUAAGUUUCUGAAGUUUCAAUGUUUUUCAUUUGCGGCACCCCGCAGAGCGAGCUUGCUCGUUGCUCAGUAUCUGUCACAACAUUUCACUUUCUGUGUGAUAUUAAAUAAAUAAGCCACGCAUGCACAUGCUGCUUCAGUGCCGGGCUCUGUUUAUGCUCAAACAUAUGAAUGCCAAAAGCCUGCCUGCGCAGUGUGGGGCCAUGUCUUCCCAAAUCAUCUCAAGAAUCAGAGACGUCUGAAUCAAAUCAAGCUGCAUUUUGAGGUAUAAAGACCGAAGCGGAGGCCAGCUUGAUCGUCAAGAAUCAGGAGAGUGUUGGCUCCAUGUUUGGUUGGGUUUGUAAUAAAAUAGCGGGUAGGGGGGCGCCCAUAUUGGGUGGACAGUGUAGGAGUUCUUGUUAACAAACUGGGGGAUAUGACUGGACAUUUGACCCUCAGUUCAACUGUGUUAUACUUGCGAAAGACCAGAUUGAAGGCAAAAAGCCACUGAAAGCAGGAAAGAGUAACGCUGGCUGCACUGAGGAGUCCCUGAAAUGAGUUAUAAGUCUAAGUAUUUAUUAGAAUUGCUUCAUUUCAGGUUAUAUUUGUUGAUAUAAUUUGGGGUGUGUGUAUAAAAAUGGCAGCGGUGCCAACGGUGUUCGACUGAUGGGGAUUGUAAUCCCUCAAAUUAAAGCUUAAAGUCGCUGUUUCAUUUCAAAUUCAACAUGCCGGAGUUCAGAGUUAACACAAAAAUGAGUCACUGAAGUCUCCAGUCCACAUGAAAACCCACGCAGACAAAUCCAAAACCAUACCAAACCUUUCCCAACCAUUCGGGGUCAGGUCCAAACCCACCACUGAGCCGCUGUGGCGCCCAAAAGAAAACGUACUCAACCAAGGUGAUCAAAUUGGAUUUCAUGUGAGUCUCUAAACUAAAACAACUAGUAAGCGAAUUAAAAUCACAUCAGCCUAUAGGAUUGUCACUUUAUGUAUGUGAGUAAGAGUGUGUGUUAAUAUGUGUGCACUGACAUCUGCUUUGAAUUCAAUACAAUCGAUCCCAGUUCAAUAGUGUUGAUCUUGGCAGUUCUGAUUGUACUGAAUAAUGCCCAUAAUAUGUCAAUUACGUCUUGUGUGUUUUGUCUUUUGUGGGGCUCUGGUUUUUGGACAAACUGUGCCUUUUGAACCAGCAUCACAUUAGAAAUUGCCAGACCGCGAGUCGGACACGUUGUCCAUCAUUUGCUACCCAUUAGACCUGGAGAAAGAUUGCGAGCAGCUGUGAGGAUCUAGACCUCAAAUAAAUCAGCGCAGUUUCACAGUUUCCAGCUCUGUUCUUGUCCUGAGCUCCCAUCCAAGAUCCAUGCUGUGUUUAUAUUUUGAAAAUAAGUGUGGCUUGCUGAACAUAAUUAUAUAUUUCCAAGGGAAGUACAUCACAAGCCUGGUUUCAGAUGGACAGACCUGGUUUUCCAAAAGCAACAGUUUCUUUUAGAGGAUGAGAGAACACCACCGACCAGCCGCUGUUGAGAUGGUUGUUAAGACGUAGCGUUAGGUUUGUCUAUAAUACGUUAAAGUAAACAAAGUUAUGUUUACAUUCACCGUUUCUCAUUGAAAUGCGUUGUGUGUAUCUUUGAAGACUAGUAACAGACAGUGAAUAGAUAGAUUUUAAACCUUCAUUGUUUACGUCAGUGGGUCCCAACCUGUGGUUCGAGACCUCCACUAGGGGUCGCCAAAGGGGGAAGGUAUGGGAAGGUUGCGAGGCCUUCUUGAUAUUAAAUAAAUAAUAUACACAGUAGGCCUUUAUCUCAGCAUUUGAUUGACUUCUGUGAAGAACGCGUUCAUGUAAAUUUGUCAAAAAAGAAGCCUAUUAGUUGAAAAUGAUAAAACAAAUACAGGAAAUGUAUUAUAUUAGGAUAUGUAUCUGCUUACAAUUCAUCCAAAUCACUCGUUUUACACAAACUUCUUGCAAUUCACUAUUUGGGUUCAUUGUACAGUUUUUAAUAUAAUAUAAAAGACCCAUAAAAUAUAUGUCACUUAGUUUACUAAAUGAUAGAAAUUGGUUGGUUGGUGGAUUAGCAUCAGCAGGACUCUUUUAUCUCCCCUAUAUGUGGCCCCACUCAUAAAAACAUUACUCACUAGCGCCACUAGUGUUCAAAAACUCUACCUUGUGCCUUUAAUCAACAGUUGUUUGGUAGCAGAUUGUAGUUUUAGCUAUGUAGCGUGAGGCUGAUGAACAUUUGAGGCAGAAAUAAUGUCAUUGUUCAAGUUAAAUUUUCUUACGAGAAGAAAAUGGUUUAAUGGUUCCUCUAGGUGCAACUGAUCCAAGAAACAUCUGCGGCUUAUAAAAAAUGGUUGUUAAACAGCGCAAGUGGCUAGUGAGCUUUUGAAAUCUACCCCCAACUGUUGCUGGUGAUUAACACGGUUGGACCGUAGCAAGUAAAAAAAAAAAAAAGAAACGCUGUGACUUCAUGUUGCUGGCAUUGAGACGGAUCAACAUAUAAACUCAUCAGGACCGGAUUACGGACAUUGUUCCACUGACUGUAAUGCGUUCCUGUCCGAGCGUGACACAAUGAAAAACAAUGUUUGUGGAGUAUUUUUUUGGCAAACUUAGUAAAUGAGGCAACCAAAGACGAGUAAAUGCAAUCCAGACCUUCAAGUCCUCCAGAACUUUAUAUUUCAAAACACGUAAUUGGGUUUGUAUGAUUAUAUAGGACUCUAACCUUGAACCCAAAGCAUAAAUAUACCCCCUAGGAGAGGUGUGGACAGGCAAAUUGUCCACACUUAAGAGGCCUGCAAUUGUGAUCCCAUAAACAGAAAUACAAUAACUCAUAUUCAGUUCACAACGAGAAUAAACACAUGCCACAGACGCAGUUUUUAAACCACACAGGACAUGCACACUAAGAUUUUAUUUACUGCUUUACAACUUUGACCUCUCUGAGUGCCUCUCUGAGUCUUUGCUUAAAGGCAAAGAGCAAGAACUGCUUCGAUUUCAGCCUCCUACAUUUUCUCAACCGUAGUUAUCCACAUCGAAAUUCACACUUAAUUUAUUUUCUCACCAUAGCUAGACUUGCUGUUUUUACUGUCUUGUACAUUAUUUCCGUUAAUUUUUUUGUCUUCCAUAGCUUCAGAAACACUGUCUAUGAAUGUAGAUAUUGUUCAAUACUUUUUUCUUUUCCUUAAAGAAACCUAAUUUGAUACCACUUGAGGAAUGUACAUGUAAAAUUCUUCUGUUGAUUGCCUAAUAAUGCUUAUUUUGUGCUCAAAUAAAGUGCCUAAUGUCA